AGCAGCCAGCGCCUAAAUUCAAAUUGCUGUAUAAACUGAUUUAGAAAUAAGAGUCAUUAUUUUUUUAAAAAAUAAUCGCGUAGAAUUUUGGAAAUAAUUUAGUUGGCUGAAUUGGUCACGACUGAGGUGUUUGCAUCAAAAAUUAAUUUCAAAACUCAAAAGGAAAUUUAACUAAUAUGAAGAAAAACAGCCCCUACUCUGUGCUAAUCAGUGUGGACAGUGUCUGACCAGGAUGAGAGACAGCCCCAGAAGGCCCUUAAUCCUAAAGAGGAGGAAGCUCUCUUUGCCCCAAAAGGAGGACACAUCUAGGGAUGAACCAGAUGGGGCACAAAAGGGAGCAAGCAGUUCCAGCGGUCAGAGAUUCCCAGAUGGGAUUCGGAUCUUGGACCACCCCUCUAUGCCCAACACACAGGUGGUGGUCAUUCCCAAAACUGCAGACCUGCAGAGCAUUAUUGGGGCCUUAACUGCCAAAGGGAAGGAGUGUGGCUCCCAGGGCCCAAACAAGUUCAUCCUACUCAGCAGUGGAGGGGGAGUGGGAGAGGGCCCUGGAUCCCCCAGACAAAACUGUGCUCUCCAGUCCAAGUGGGAACCAAACUCGACUGUGGGAGCAUCUGGUCAUUUUGAGACUUCCAAAGCAGUGUUCGAUGCAUUGCCAGGUGUGUUUGUGGAACCCAAACCUCUUCAAGAAAUUAAACCUGCAAAUAAGGAUCUUGAUUGCUCUCCUCUGGAUGACAGUCUGACAAAUAUCCAAUGGCUCGGGAGGAUGAGUACAGACAGCCUGGGACCUUGUGCUGUCAAGACUGAGGCAGAUAAAGAGAAUCUGGACAUCAACAUACAGGCGAUCCAUGGAAAUGAUGAAGACGAUGCAGGGCCUUCUUCCUCAAAAGACCCCCUCUCUGAGAGACCACCCUACUCCUACAUGGCUAUGAUCCAGUUCGCUAUUAACAGCAAAAAGACCAAACGGAUGACUCUGAAAGAAAUCUACACCUGGAUCGAAGACCAUUUCCCUUACUUCAGACAUGUAGCUAAGCCUGGCUGGAAGAAUUCAAUCCGCCACAACCUUUCACUUCACGACAUGUUUAUACGAGAAACCUCUCCGGAUGGAAAGAUCUCCUAUUGGACAAUUCGUCCUGAAGCUAAUCGCUGUUUGACACUGGAUCAAGUUUACAAGCCAGUGGACCCCCCUGCACAAUCUUCAGUAAUGACCAAGCAGGUCUGCGAACAACAUCAGAAACGUGCUGUACCUGAACUGAAAAAAACUGUGCCUGCAUGUAUCUCUGAGAGAAAGAUGAAGCCCCUCCUUCCUCGCACGGACUCCUACUUGGUCCCCAUUCAGCUUCCACUUACUCCUCCACUUGUCCUGCCCUCAGCCACACAGCUCCCCAUACUGGCCACUCAGAGGAAAUGCACUGCAAGCAAUCUGGGUUGGACCAACAAGAGGGUCCGCAUCGCUCCCAAGGUAACUAGUAAGCCUGAUGAGCCACCCCAGCCAGAGCCUAGGCCUUCAAACCGGGGCUCUCCUGCCCUGGAGACCCCUUCUGUCUGGCAGUCCAGGGAGAGGAAAGAAAAGAGCAGCUCCAGGAGGAAGCAGCGUCUCAUCCUCCCAUGCAAUGAGGAGCCUGUCAUUUUCUUCCCAGAGAGCAGCAUCUUUGAUUCGGGAAUGGUAUCUGACCUCUCCACUUUUCAGGACACCAGAGAGCCUGAGGUAGAUAGCCCUGGGAAGGACUUCUCUUUUAAAACUCCCAUCAAAGGUAGUCUACCAACCUCCUCCUCAACCCCAAGCAAGCCUGUUCCAGAUGAGCCCCAAAUUCUGCCGCAACUACUGCUGCAGGAGCUAUGGAGAACUACUCCUUUGAAGAAAGGUGGCACGAACGUGCUUGAUUUCAGCCCCAUCCGCACCCCUCGUGGGGUCCCUCUUACCCCCUUGCGAGAGGACCCGGCCCCUUUUAGCUUCAGCAGCACCCCCUUCAAGGAGAUGCCUCUCUUUGAUUCUCCACGGGAGCUGCUGAACAGCCAUUCCCCCACUCGGCUCACUUUGCCCCACUCAAGCUCUCCCAUCUCCGUGUCCGACAGGCCCAAGAGAUGUUCACGUGAGCUUCAGGUCGGGACCCCGGUGGCAAACCGCUCUGUGACUGAGGGUCUGGUCCUAGACACCAUGAACGAUAGCCUCAGCAAGAUUCUGGUGGACAUUAGCUUCACUGGGCUAGAGGAUGAGGAGUUAGGCAUGGGCAACAUCAGCUGGUCCCAGUUAAUCCCAGAACUAAAGUGAUUCCCACCAUCACUUCUACCUUCUUUCCCCACUUGCCCAAAAUAUAAAUUACUUUGAAACCAAUAUAAGGCAGACUCACUGUGGCUUACCUGUGGUAUAUUGUCAAACCACACAAUGAAAAAAGGAAAAACAAAACAAAAAAAUACACAUGGAUACAAAGACUGUGUUGGAUUUUGAUACGCCUUAGUAUGGAGUUCUAGUGAAUUUUCAGAAACUGUUCUCUACUGCUCCUGUUCUUGGAACUUCGUAAGAUUUUUGCAAAACAUUUUGCAAACUUGUCUUCUGUAAAUUACUUUUUUCUAUUUAACAAUUGCAGUGCAUUUACAGGAGACCAACUGAAAAGAAGAAAAUGUAUUACUGGUUUGAAAAAACAAAAACGCCACCCAAUUCUGCACCAACAAGUCACUCCCUUUUCCUGUUUCAUAAUUUUCUAAUGUAAAUAUAAUUGUUUCUUAUUUCAUUUUUCCUAAUUUGCACAUUCUGUAUAUUUGUAUUGCUCAAUAUAGAUUUAAAAAAACUAAUAAAAUGCUAUUCUGUAUACUUUUUGUAAGACACUACCAUGCUGAGUUAAUAUAGAAUAACCUUUUGUAUAUGUGGGAUUAGACUCCUACCUCUAUAGAAAGAUGGCAGGGCCACCCUUAAUUCUACCUAAAACAAAUUUUCAAUGCAUUUUCUCUGCCAUGCACAUCCAUUCACUUAUAUGUGUCAAAUUUUCAGCAAACCUGGAUUUUCAUUUUCAAAUAUGAAAUCUCUUUGCAAAUCAUGCUUUACAGUCGAGCGUUUUGUUUCACCUUAAUUGUGAAACUGUCCCCACCCCCUUUCACUUGUGUCUUUCCAGUCCAUAACCAGUCAACUGCUUUCCCUAUUGACUGUCAUGCUUUCAGCCAGAAGACAAUGAUGGAGUGAAGUGAUCAAGGAAGUAAAGCAGUAACAGACUGUCUAGAAGACAAGGCAAGCAAACAGAACUCUUUAACCUAGUAUUGUAAUAGGUGCCAUGUUUCAAUCCUGCACGAGACAUAGUACCUAAUGGAAGUGCAAAAUGGUAAGAUGUUUAGAAUUGUUUUGUUAGCUGCAAUUACUUUGUUGUUGUUUUGCUGUAACCCAAUUGGGGUUUCUAAAGCAAUUGCUUCCACUCAACAAGUCUGUUGUGUAGAGAAUAUAUAGGUAAUGUCAUAAUUUAAGUAGAACUAAAACCCAUGCAAAACAACAAUGUUGCGCAAAUUAGAAACCCUGUAUAUGUACUGAGAGAGAGGGCUAUACUGUACCAUGCAGUGAAAAUGUUGUGCUAUGUGGGUGACAGCAAACCAUCCUACUUUGGCUCAGCUCUCCAGAAUAUAUGUCCUGAUUUUUUUAUUUUAGUAGAUAAAUAUAUUACUGGU